GAUGGCUGGGAAACAACGAUUCCUGUAGAAAUUCUCACUGGCGUGGAGCGUUUCUACGAUAUACGCUCCAUUGUGAAACAGAAGAAGAACGACGUUCUGCUGAUUGUUCCGCUGGGUCGAUGUGGCCUUGAUAUAAAAACCUUGCGAAAAGCGGUAAAUAUUUGGCGAACAGUGCCUGAUCGAAGGGUUGUAAUUCACUGUACUGGGUCACCUAUGUUGACCGUCAAUAUUAUUCAUAAGAUGAUUCUCUCGCCAUCGCUCAAUAGUGACCAACUGAUAACUGGUUUUGAGCAAAUGAUUGAAUUACUUGAUGUUCAUCCUAGUCUACAUGUUGUUACUCGGGAACAAGCAGAUGGUGGGUUCUUUGGUAUUCGUAUGACUCACUUUUUAAUAUAA